AUGGAAGAGACGAUCUUUGAAGUGUUAAAGAAGCACUCGAAGAUGUUACAGCAAAAUGCACUUAAAAUAAUCGACCCAACAAAAUGCGAUCCACAUGAUGCACUUUUACUUGAAACAAUUUCACUGUUAACUUCGGUGGUUGAUUACCUCAAAAUGAAACAACAAGAUUCCAUCGACUUAACACACAAAAUAGAGAAGCUUGAAACGAUAGAAGAAGUCGAGAAACACGAACACAUGAAGCAACCCGUUGAAGAGAGUUUGUCGAUGGGAAGUAUCGGGACGUAUUAUAACACAUUACAAGAGUGGACGGGGAUGUCUGAGGCGCGUGUUGUAUUUGAAGGUAACAAUUUGACGCCAAAACUCUUUUGGUCGUUGACCAAAAAGUUAAAGAAUAUGAUGAUAGUCGUCGAGACUGUCGACGGAUAUAUGUUUGGGAGCUAUCAUACAGUAUUGCCGCCAACACAAGACGUCUGGGUCAACGACGACAAACAACACUUUGUAUUCACUUUAAACAACCCCACUAACUAUCCGCCAACUCGAUUUGCCCCAUUACCCACUAACGGCGAUUUACUCUUCGUUUACGGAGACAACGAUACAGAGAAUGUCGUCUGGGUCAAUUACUGUUUCUGGAUAUGUAUGGACAACGUCGUCUUCUUGUGGCAUCACUUCUCUGAAAAAUACGAAGACACGUCGAAGCUCGGAGGGGAUCUCUUUGUCGGAGUGAAGGACUGGGACUUUCCCAACGAAAUCAAGAAGGUAGUUGUCUUGGAGUGGCUCCAAUAA